UACCCUCCCCCCGGCCGCCGCCGCUCGCUCCGGCCGCCCGGCGGCCUCCUCUGGCUCGGUCUCCUGCUCUCGGGCCCCAACGCCGCCUGAGAGCCCGCACGCCGAGGAGCGGGGGCGCCACGCACUCGCAGGACUCGCGCCGCCGCUGGACGGGCCGCGGCUGGCACCCCCGCGCGCUCCCCUCCCCCUCGCCGGGGUCCCGGGGCUCCGGGCCACGCGUCCUGCCUCCGACGCGCAGGGGGGUCCCAGAGGAGGGGCCGGCCCGGCCGAGGCGCGACGAUGGAGGACCCGCAGCGUGCCCGCCCGCACACGGUCACCACCACCGCCAGCUCUUUCGCGGAGAACUUCUCCACCACCAGCAGCAGCUUCGCCUACGACCGGGAAUUCCUUCGCACGGUGCCGGGGCUCCUCAUCGUGGCGGAGAUCAUUCUGGGACUGCUGGUAUGGACACUUAUCGCUGGAACUGAGUACUUUCGGGUCCCUGCGUUUGGCUGGGUCAUGUUUGUUGCGGUAUUUUACUGGGUCCUCACCAUCUUCUUCCUCGUCAUCUACAUAACGAUGACCUACACCAGGAUCCCCCAGGUGCCCUGGACUACCGUGGGUCUGUGCUUCAACGGCAGCGCCUUCGUCUUGUACCUCUCGGCCGCUAUUGUGGAUGCGUCCUCCGUCGCCCCGGAGAGGGACAGCCACAACUUCAACAGCUGGGCCGCCUCCUCGUUUUUCGCCUUCCUGGUCACCAUCUGCUACGCUGGAAACACAUAUUUCAGUUUUAUAGCUUGGAGAUCCAGGACCCUGCAGUGAUUUGCCAUUCUGAGAAUUAAGAGGGGGGAGAAAAGGAAGAAUCUCACUGUAAAAACAGCUGUAGGUAUAAUGUAUAUUUCCAGAGAAUUAUAUUUAACUAAUGUUUUUAUAUACUUAGUUAAAUUUCGCUCCAUGGUUUGUUACAAUUAAACUGGAUAUUUGUUUGCAAAGUGCUGUAGGUUAUAAUGACCUCUUAAAGAUCUUGCUGGUGUCUUCAUACACCUUAUUACUAUUUUCUUAGAUAAUGUAUAAAUGGAUAAAAUGCUAAUGUGAAGAAAGUGUCAAGUUUGUAAACCUAACUUUUAAAAUGCCAGAUUUUUUUUUGAUUAAAUGUUUUAAAACCUUGAAUAACAUCAUAUUGAUUUGAGAAAGGAGGCCUGUAGCCAAAGCCCGAGGGGGUGGGGACGCUAUGCUUCAUUCUCUCAGGGCUGUGCAGGUACAGUGUUGCUAGGAGACACUUGUCCAUGGCCGGUAAGCCAGGGUAGUGGGAGAGAGCCAGCUCCCCAACUCGGGGAUCAUUGGUGUCCAUGAUUCUCACAUGCCAACCAGUAGACCCAGGGAGCAUCUGAUGAGACAUUGGCCCUGGAGCUCGGUAGUGAGCUCUCUCCCUAAGUGGUGCUGCUGAGUCCAGUGACUGUUGCACAUGUGAUGUUUUUUUUUUCCUAAUACUAUUAAAAUGAGUGCAUAAUCAUUAAGAGGAUAAAUACUUGCGUGUACCUUAAAAUGAUCUGGCUGACCACAGUGGCAUGUGUACCAUAUUCUGUAGGAAAUGCCGGACAAAAAGUUCUCAGAGCUCCAGUGUCCAGCACGGAUACUUGGUGACAUUGCUAGAUGUUGUCAGACAGUGGGAAGGACGCCGUCAGCAAGGCAGAUGUGCACUUAGAGGAAGUGUUUUUAGGCAGGACCGUUCUUCCAACAGCAGAGUAUCUUGGGUGAUUUUUCAACAUGAGCUUCUUUUUGAAAAACAAAAAACCACAGAAACGUUAGUAUAGCUGAUGGCGGCAAAGAGAGUUUCGGCCUCGGACUCGCUCUGCGGACACGCCCCCUGAGACCUCUGCUCUGGUUUGACAGAGCUGUUUUUUCUGCUGUUUGUGUUAUCUUCCAAUUUAUGGGAUUCUGACUCCUUAUCCAAGUUCUGUUUACCCCUAUCCAGGAGAGGUGGCAUUUCUUCAGUGUCUAACAGCACCCACCCCAGACCUUGGAAGGAAACACUGAAGAAUGUCCUUGAGUUGUGGGUCCAAAGAGGUAGUGAGCAGGGGACACCACAAAUGAGAGGCGGUGAGGGGUACGGAUGUGUGGUGACGGGUGGGUGCUGGGGGCACAGGGAGCCGCUCUGAGUCCAACGUGUAGCCAGCCGCGAAGGUUGAGCAUUAGCCACGCAGACCUGCAGAUGAUUGGCGCUGCGAUCUCUUUGGAGCAGCAUUCCCGGUCAUUAGCAAGACAGCCUGUGACUCACUCGCUUUGCAAGAAAAGCAGAGACGGCUCAUCAGAGUUUGCAUACUCUGGUCUGUUCACCACUCACACACAGGCAUAUUCAUCUUCCAUGUCCUCCAUGCUUUCUGUAAGCACUUCAUGUUGCAAUCAAGUCUCAAUAAAAGGCAGAAAAACUGUAACCUACAAAGGUCUAUUUCUGGAAACAGUCAUCCAGAAAGAAGCCUGCUUUUAUGUCUCUCUUCUCUCUGUCUCCCCGUGUGUGUGUGUGUGUGUGUGUGUGUGUGUGUGAUUUCUAUAAUCAUGCCUGCAUUCAAGGAAGCAACUUCUGGGGUAAAAUGUUCCAUAAACCACUUGGAGAUGCAUUCUAAAUAGAUGACAAAUGUAGGUCUUUCUGGAGCUGGCAGGACCAAACAGACCUAUUUUGAGAGAACAGUGACUUGACUGUGUCCUUGCAGGGUCACUUGCUGUCCCGUCUCUACCUGUGGUUUUUCACGACCAUGACCCUGUGUGGUGCUCCGAGUGGUCACCAAAACACAACACAACACAAAACAAACAAGCAAAAAAAAAAACCCAGCAUGUAUUUUUAACAGAAAGGAAAUUAUUAUUUCCUCUUUUGACUACCAAGAGACUUUGUUCAAGAAAGAUGUCUAAGCGCGGGUAUUUAGACAACAAAAUGAGUCUCCGUUGUACAGAUGAAGCAAUAAGUUUUGAACUGGGUUUGCAUUCACUUUUCUCUUAAGAAAGAAGGAACACACAAGGCCACCUGCAGCACAGCCGACGUAACCAGAAGAACAGGUUUCUGGAGAAGGUUGGCACAGAGGUGGUCUGUGUGCACUUAAACUCUCCUCUGCCAUCUGCGAGCACCGUGUGCAUUCACCUCGCAGCCCUUCCAAAACCAGCAGGUUCCCUGACGGAUGUGGGUGGGUCUUCAGUCUGAUGGAUUGGCCUGCUGGUGGCCAAUCAAUGAAACGCUUUAAGCAAGUCAUCCCUCUCCCUUGCUGCGUUUCCAACUCAGAGCCCCCCCCCCACCAGGUAAACAUUUAGCCAAUAUUUGAA